AUGGACCCAGAAGGAUUAUGGAGAGCGAUCGAGGACUAUUUGGCAGUGUUGGCAAGUCCGUAUUCAGCCCGACGGCGGCUGAAUACGUCCACACGCCUGGUCCUCCUGCUGGAUCAGUGGAUCCCGCGGCUUCCGCAUCUGGGACUGGCGGAAUUACAACAAGAGGCAGAGUGGCAAUUCCAGACAGCAGCGGCCGUGCUGAAAGAUGCUCCUAGAAACACCUCAGCAUCUAUCAGUCCAUCAGGUUUGGUGUCAGCAGGUAGCAGGGUGGAGCUGAGCUGCUUCAGCAGAGCCAAACCUCCACCCAACUUCACCUGGUUCAGGAAGUGUGAACAUGGAACCACUAAUGUAUCUGUGGGGCCAAUUUACAGCUUUGUUGUUACCAAGGGAGGAGAGUAUUAUUGUGUGGCUACAAAUGGUCUGGGAAAUCAGAGAUCAUCAGAUAUCUAUUUAAGGAUUAAAGAAACCUCUGGAAGUCCCAGCAUUAAUCUUCCCUCUGAUCUGAAGGAGCAUCAGUCUGUCACUGUAACCUGCUCAGCUUUCACUCCCUGUCCACACUCACCUCCUAAACUCACCUGGAAUCUCCAACAAGACUCUCUCAGACAAACAGAGAAAAACACAGAUGGAACCUUUACAACUAAAAUCCAGGAGACCAUCACUCUGUCAGACACACAUGAUGGAUACAACAUCAGAUGUUCUUCCAGAUAUCCUGUGAUUGGAGGAAUCAAGACAGCAGAGACAAAAGUGACUCUCAGUGUUUCAUAUGCUCCUAGAAACACCUCAGCAUCCAUCAGUCCAUCAGCUUUGGUGUCAGCAGGUAGCUGGGUGGAGCUGAGCUGCUUCAGCAGAGCCAAACCUCCACCCAGCUUCACCUGGUUCUGGAAGAGCAAACAUGGAGAAGUUGACGUAUCUGUGGGGCCAGUUUACAACCUCAGCGUUACUGAGAAAGGAGAAUAUUACUGUGUGGCUUCAAAUAAUCUGGGGAGUCAGACAUCAUCAGUGAUUCUUCUUAAUAUUGAAGAGUCUAAAGUUUCCAUCUACUCCACAAUGACGAUUGUGGGAUUGGUGAUGCUCUGUGGUGCCGUCAUCAUCUUUGAGUGCUGGCUUAGAUUCUCCAAGAAACCAACGGAGGACACAAACGAAGCAGAGUGAUGGAGGCACAGGCAUCAUGAAAAUAAAGAUGUAAACUUCACUCUGCAGUGGAGAAUUUCUUCUUCCCUACCCUAUCACGUACCUCCAUUACUUGCAAUGCUUUCUUUCAAAGAUUCAGCCAUGCAGGCAAAUAUUUGAAUCAUUUUUUUUGUUCAAAGUAAGGAAAUUUAAAUAUCUGCCACGUUUUGAGUGUUGCUUUCACUGCAUAAAAAUCAAUGCAAAAAUAAACAGCAAAUAGAAGAGCCAACAACUGGUUAUGUCAUCCAGAACAUGUUACUGUGAAAUAUCAUCUCCGUCUGUGUCGUCCAGUAACAGUCUUCAGUCAGAGGUUUCUUA